CCUGCGAUAAGACACACACUUCCUGAACACUCUGCUCUCCAACAUCCAGUUGACUGUUGAGCCCCUCGCAAACUGGUUCACCUGGACCAGCUGGACCCGGGUCAGAUCUGGUUCUGUAAAGCUUGAUUGGACCCGUAUUUUGUCCUUGUUUUUUUAAAUCUGGAUUUAUAUUAGUCCAGAUUCUUUGUCUCUGAAGUCUGAUCCUGGAAUAAAUCUCUUUCUUCUGUACCAGGGUUAGCUAUAGUUUUGGUUCUGUAGACCUGGUUCAGACCUGGGAAGUUUGGGUUAGACCACGAUCUGGUUCUAUAAAUCUGAGCUGGUUUUGUUGAAAACUUAGUAUUUCUUUCUGUGAAUCUGGACCUGGAUUAGACCUGGAUCUGUCUUUAUUAUUCUGGAUUUAUAUCGAACCGGAUCGUCUGACCCCUGGAUCUAGAUCUGGAUCUUGGAUGGACGGGUGGAGGUUCAGGAUUUGAACCAUCAACUCGAUCAGCUGUCAUGCACACAAUCCACCGUCUGUGUCGAGUCUGCAUCGGACAGAAUCUGCCUCAGGUGAGUGUUGCUCGAGGAAAAGAUGGUUUUGGAUUCACUAUCUUCUCAGACUGUCCAGUUAAAGUACAAGCUGUCGACCCCGGAGGUCCGGCUCAUCGGUCUGGUCUCCGUCAGGGAGACUCCGUCCUGCAGCUGAACGGACUUCCUGUAGAAACCUGGAAGUGUGUGGACGUUGCUAACGCCAUCAGGGGCUGUUCCUCUCAGAUCGUGUUAGUGGUGUGGAGAGGUUUACCUGAGCUCAGGUCAGGAUGUGAAUCUUGGCUCCACCCACCAACACACAACAAGACAACAGGCAGGAAGUUGCUGCCUCACCCCACCUACAGCAAACAUGGCCGUAGAUGGGGUCAGGGGUCAGGGGUCCGGUCUAGUUUGGGGGCUCUGCGUUCUCAGUGGAGGAAGGAGGACAAUGAGAAGGAGGAGGACCAAGAGGAAAAUCAGGAGGUGACAGAGUACUCAUCUCACACCACCACGCUCAAGGGCACCCGCGUAACAUCAUCACAUGGAGACAAUUACAUCAUCCUGUCACCUGUAAAUCCAGUAGGACAGCUGCUGCAGCCGGUUUAUCAUGACAGCAAUGGAGUGAUUGGGCGUCUGUACCAGACUCACUCCAGCAGAGGUCAGAACCUCUUCCACGACCCUCGACCCGGGUCAUCAGGGCGACUUCUCAGCGGCUACACCUCCACCCUGCCCCCACCCCUCUCGACCUCCUCUUCAUCAGCCCCUCCCGGUGACUACGGCAACUACCAGAACUGCACCAUCGUCCAAUCACAUCUGCCCUGCUCUGCCUAUGGAACCUACGUUACCCUGGCACCCAAAACCCUCAUCUUCCCCAUCUUUGUCCAGCCUUUGGACCUCUGCAGCCCAGACAGAACCCUGCUGAUGUCGGAGGAAAUGGUUUUACACCAGGCCGACCUCCUGCCUGCAAAGGUGACAGUGUUGAUCUACAGUGACCUGCUGCUGUUCACGAGAGAGGACGAGGCCGGACGCUGUAACGUCCUACAGAGUCCACUGUACCUGAACACACUGCAGCUCAGAGAGGUGGCCUCGGAGCCGCUCCAUAUCUACUUCCUGCAGAGUGUUCGUUGUCUCUUCAGUCUCGAGGCGUUCAGCGUCCAACAGAGACUCAAAGUCAGUCUCUGUCUCCAUGACAACGCCCAACAACAGCUGAUCGCUCACACUCGGGGACAAAACCAACAGCUCUCAGACCUCUCUUCGGAUUUUGACCUCCUCACCGUCGAUCAGUCUGACCUCCUGUCUCGAGCUUCCAUCCCUUGUCCUUCCUCCUCAACUCCCCUCCUCCACUCUUUCUCCUCCCUCCCAUCUCCCUCACCUUACACCCCCAGUUCCUCCUUCUCCUCCACUUCUCAUCUCCCCUCCUCACCUCUUUCCAGUACCUUCACCAGCCCCCAUCAGCUCCUCCAACAGCCUUCCCCCUCUUCAACCCAGAGGAGUCCAGUCUGGAAAAAGAGAGGAGUAGCAGAAGAGGAGAGGAGGAAGAGGAGGCGUGAGGAGGUAGAAGAGGUGGAGGAGCGGCAGCAGGGGGAGGGGGAGAGCGCCUCUGAAACAUCAGAUAAUGUGGGAGGGGGCUUCCUGCUCGGCUCCCAUUACUUCAAUAUGAAGGAAGGAGAAGAGGAGAAGAGUGAUGACGAAGAGGAGGAAUGGACCUUCACCUCCAGAGCUGCAGUUCUGCGCCGCUCUCUCUCCGAGGGUUCUCUGCUGCAGGAACCUCGAUCGCCCCGCUUCCGGUCCGACAGCACCAUCCAUCGACUAACCCGGGGUGUGACCUUUGACCUUGACCCCGGCACAGCGCCCCUUACCCCCUCUGUCCAUGCUCUGAGGAAACAACUGACCAAAGAAGGGGGGUCACUGCACCACAUGCUGGUGCUGCUCAAUGGCACCAAGGAUACCGACUUCGGAAACCUUCAACUGAGGAAGAAGACCAAGAGUCUGGCCGAUGACGUUCGGAGCCGCCUCCUGUUCCUACGAGGACGGAAAAAGAUCACUCAUGGAAACAGUUUGGAGAAAGCUCUGAGAAACAACAGACCGUCUACAGGGGAGGUGCUAAGGUGGGCGGCGAGUCUGGAGGCUCUGCUGAGCAAUCAGUAUGGCCAAGCAAUGUUCCGUCACUUCCUGAAGUCAGAGUUCAGCGAGGAGAACCUGGACUUCUGGUUGGCUGUCGAGCAAUUCAAGAGGACACGCCCCCUGAGCAAGCUGGCCGCCAGAGCUGCAAAAAUCUACGAUGAGUUCAUUUCUACCAAUGCAUCGAGACAGGUCAACGUGGACUCAUCUGUCAGAGAAUCGACCAAUCAGGGCCUGCGUGUUGGCGUUAACCCUGUGUCCUUCCAGUUGGCUCAGGGACAGAUCUUAGGCCUGAUGGAGACCGACUGUUACCCGCGAUUCCUCAGGUCCCGGCUCUACGCCCAGCUGGCCAAUAAGGAAAGACAGACCCUCACAGAGUCGUCCAAUCAGAGCAGAGCUGAGUCUCUACCUGUGAGCCAAUCAUGAGUGAGUAGGAGACAGCAGCUGACCUUCAUCAGAUUGGCUAUCAGCUCCAGUGAUCUAUUCAGACAAGAGCUGGCCAAUGAAAAGAAACUUCAGUUGCAUUAUGGGUAAUGUUUUGGAUAUAAACUGAUCCCAGUAGAUGUUUGUGUUUUACUCUCUAAUCUCUUCAAAACUGUGAUAUUUUAGUCAUAUUUUAACUUCAUCAUGUCAUCAUUUAUUUCUUCAUGAGAAGAACAUGAAUCAGAAUAUGAAACAAUCACCCAAACAGGUUAUUUUUGUUAACGUGUCCAAUACUAGGUUUUAAAGCAAAUAGCUACAGAAGUAACAUUCUGAUAUUCUCAUGAGUCUCAGUUGUACUUUAGUGCUAGUGAGCAAAUGUUGCAUUGAGCAUGUGAGCAUUAAGCUAGCAGCCUCUCAGUCUGUACGACUUUUCAAAUGUUAGCAUGUUAGCAUGUGAGCAUUAAGCUAACAGCCGCUCAGCCUGUACGGUGUUUCACAUGUUAGCAUUAAGCUAGCAGCCUUUCAGUCUGUACAACAUUUCAAAUGUAAGCAUGUGAGCAUUAAGCUAGCAGCCUCUCAGUCUGUACAACAUUUCAAAUGUUAACAUGUGAGCAUUAGGCUAGCAGCCUUUCAGUCUGUAAAACGUGUAGCAUGUUAGCAUUAAGCUAGAAGCUUCUCAGUUUGUACGACGUUUCAAAUGUUAACAUGUUAGCAUCAAGCUAGCAGCCUUUUAGUUUGUACGUUUCAAAUGUUAGCAUGUGAGCAUUAAGCUAGCAGCCUCUCAGUUUGUACAGUUUCAGAUGUUAGCAUGUUAGCAUUAAGCUAGCAGCCUUUGAGUAUGUAUGUUUCAAAUGUUAGCUUUUUAGCAUUAAUCUAGCAGCCUCUCAAUUUGUACGACGUUUCAAAUGUUAACAUGUUAGCAUCAAGCUAGCAGCCUUUUAGUUUGUACGUUUCAAAUGUUAGCAUGUGAGCAUUAAGCUAGCAGCCUCUCAAUCUGUUUCUUUUUCCGUGAGACGUUUUUAAUGUUAGCAUGUUAGCAUUCACACAACAGACGACCUAAAGAUCUGGUGUGUCUUUUAAAUGUAAUUUCUUUGUUUGUUUUCUGCUUUUAGAGCAACUCAUAACUAAAGUUGGAGAAGUUUGUUUAACGAUUGUUACUGUAACAGAAAAUUAUUGAAAAGUAAGUUUGUGUGCUCACCUGUUGCAUAAAGAGACGAUGUGAUGGAGUCUCAUGGAAAUGGUUUGACCAUUUUAAUAAAUGAUGACUUUGGA